ACCUGAAGCUUGUGUGUAAGCGACCCUGAACGCCACACCAAUGCAGGCUGACAUCUUGCUAACAGUCCACGCACAUUCGUUGACUACACAGAAAACAUAGCUUGCCGCUGAAGAUAAGCUUGGAUACGUUUUAUUUUAAAUGAUAAGAUAAUAACAAGGGAAGCAUGCUGGCCUGUAUCUGGCAAUACGUGUACACAUACUACCUCAGGUACUGGCUGAAGUGGUUGAUCAGGCAGGCAACAGGCACCUGCGAGCUGCAGAGAAUAUGCUUGGGAUACCAACCGGGAGCGACCAGAACAACAAAAACAGAAUACUCCCUGGGGUUGUCAAAGAGCAAGCUUCUAAGAUGUGCCCUGGAAACCAGCGAGGACAAGUUACAACAAUGUGUGGAGCACAUCAUGAAGGAGAAGAAAGUUAAACUGCAGAUUAAUCCGCUGUUCAAAGAGAGCCUGCACACGUCUCUGCUGCAGAUAACAGGAUACAAACGCCUGUACGCGUCCGUGGAAGACACCAGGAAGGAAGUGUUCAACUCGGAUAACCAAGAACACGAGGCCAUGUUGCUCAAGCUCUGGGAGUUACUCAUGCCGGGCGUCAAGCUGGACUCCAGAGUGACCAAGCAGUGGGGGGACAUCGGCUUCCAAGGGGACGACCCUAAGACCGACUUCAGAGGAAUGGGCAUGCUGGGCCUCAUCAACCUCCUUUUCUUCAGUCAAAACUACACGGAGGAAGCACGCAUGGUGUUGUCUCAUGCUAAUCAUCCUAAACUGGGGUACUCGUACGCCAUCGUCGGGAUCAACCUGACGGAGAUGGCCUACAGCCUCCUGAAGAGCGGCGCUCUCAAAGCUCAUUUCUACAACACGGUGGCGGGCACACCUCAGCUACGACAUUUUCAUCAGUUUUACUGCUACCUGGCGUUCGAGUUUGACAAAUUCUGGAUCGCAGAGGAACCCGAAAGCAUCAUGCUGUUCAAUCAGUACAGAGAAAAAUUCCAUAAUUUGGUCCAGACCCAGUUGAAGGACCCCAAUGUGUCUCUCGUGCUCUAAUCCAGCUAACAACUAACGCUUAGCACCGGGAAGGAAACACAAACCUCUUCGGGGAGUGGUUUGUGACGAUUUGAGCUCUUUCAACAAGCCAGCAGCCGACUUGCUGCGGUGGUCCAAAGACUCUUGGAAAAAUGUUAAAUCACGUUAACACUUUACGUUCAGCUCAGGAUUUUGAUAUUUAUGUCCUUAAUAAUGUGACAAAUGCUUGUUUGAUGUGU